AUGAGCGAUAAAGAUGUUCAUAACAUGCAUCAAAUACAUGUGAACUUAAAUGCGGCAGUGAUCGAGAUGGUUGUUACUCAUUCUCCAAGCUUGAUCGAAGCUGCUGAUGUAGUAAUCAAUACCAGUGGCUCAUCCCAUGGUGCUGAAAUUAGUUGGAGAUCCAAAAAUAUUUCAAAGAGUAGCUCAAGUAAUUUUGUCCAAGUUGUUGAAGAAACGAGAGCUGCAAUUGAAGAGGAAGGAAGUCAAAGAAAUUCGUUGGAUGCUUGGAAAAGCUGUAUUGAGGGCGUUGGUCAGGAGUUCACGAAUGUCGAAACUCUUCGUGACGCCAUUCGCAACUUUUGUAUCGCAAAUUGCAGAGAUUUUGUGUUCAUGAAGAACGAUCAUGAGCGAGUUACUGUGGAAUGUGCAUAUGAAGAAUGUGAAUGGCGUAUCCAUGCUUCUCGACUUGGUAAUGGUGAAAAGUUUGCAAUUAAAAAAAUGAACGGUAACCAUACAUGUGGAGGAGGGAUGCAAGUCCGGUCGCAUCCGAAGGCUUCGAAACGUUGGGUUUCGAACAUUGUUAAAGAUAAACUUCAAGAUAUGCCAUUAUAUAAGCCGACUGACAUUGUAAAAGAUAUUCGUCGGGAAUAUGGUGUUCAAUUGCCGUAUCAUCAAGCUUGGCAUGGUAAGGAGCUGGCUAUGAAGGAGAUUUAUGGUGAUAGAUCACUAUCUUAUGACCGAAUUUGGUGGUAUUGCGACGCCAUUAUUCAAACCAACCCCGACAGCAUUACAGAGUACGAAACAAUUGAAGGUCGAUUCAGACGUCUGUUCAUUUGUUUUCAUGCUUCACUAUUGGGUUUCAUAAAAGGAUGUCGACCUCUAAUUUUUAUGGAUGGGACAUUUAUAAAACAUAAGGAUGGAGGCGUAUUGCUUGGCGCCACUGCCAAAGAUGGCAAUGAUGAUAUGUUUCCUAUAGCUUAUGGUGUGGUAGAUACAGAAACUGAUGAAAACUGGGAAUGGUUUUUCCGGAUUUUCAAAGAAGCUAUUCAUAGUUGCAGUGCGUAUCAUGGUCAAAAGUUCACAUUUAUGACAGAUAGACAUCAGGAAAUUAUUAAAUCGGUGCCGAAGUACUUUCCUGGUUGCUACCACUCAUAUUGUAUUCGUCAUGUGAAAGAAAACUUUAAGAAUCAGGUGCUUGUCCAUUAUCGUGCAGCUGAUAGAAAGAGGCUACUUGAUUUACUAAAUGCUGUUGUGUAUACUCCAAGGCUUAAUGUUUUUCAAAAGCUAAUUGGGAAGCUUACAUCAGAAGCCCCUGAUUCGAGAAGGUCUGAAAGUGGUGCAAUUGCAAUGCCCCAAAUGCUUAUCAAUGGUGCAGUCGAAUGGGGAAGGCUGAAGUACAGGAAGUUGAUUGUUGAUGUUGUCAACUAA